AUGUGUAAUUCAAUGAAUAUUUUAAGAUUACAUAACAAUGAUGGGAAAACUAUGUCACUUUUGAGAGAUAUGGCUAUAUCAUUGGUAUUUUGGAGUAUAUAUUUAAUAGACCGUGAACUGGUAUUUCCUAAAAUUUUGGAUCAGUGUUUUUCUGUUUGGUUAAACCAUGGCCUCCAUACAGUUAGCAGUGUGAGUGUAUUUGCUGAAAUGUUUAUAACAUCUAACUGGUAUACUAUUUCACGACGGAAGGCUGUUUGGGGUAUCACAGCAAGUCAAGUUGCUUAUGCUAUAUGCUUCUUUUCAACAUACUACUUUGAUGGAGUAUGGCUCUACCCAAUAUUUAUAACAUCUACCUGGCCACUUCGUAUUUCCUUAGUACUCCUAAUAUAUGUAUGGACACUGGUGACAUAUACAUUUGGUGAAUAUCUGAGUACAAGAAUUUGGGGUUAUGAAAUUCAAAUGCUAAAAGCACAGGAGACUUCAAAAAAGAACAAGCAAAUCUAGAUUUUUGCACACAACUAUGAGAGUAAUUUCAACAGCAAAUUCAAAUUUAU